CAGGUAGGACCCUUUUAUGGGUCGGACUCAGUCAGGCUGGUUAAAAGGAUUAUUGGCCAAUGAGUUGGAAAUCGGUGGAGGCGAAGGAAGUUUUGUGGCGGGGACCGCGGACGGACGGAGUCCCCGUAGCCCGGCCGGCAUUCCCGCAGGUCACCGAAAGGAGGCCCCGAUGCCGAAGAGGGAGAGACGCAUCUCACUUGUCCUCCUCUUCCCGUCGUGGUGAGGGAACCUGCCCGCUCGGCCGGCGGAAGUAAAGGGAGGCCGCCGCAGGGAAUCUGCCGGGCGGGGGGGAGGUUGACCUGGGAGCCUCUCGCCAUCUGCUCUAGGGAAAAGGCUCUUCGGUGGGGAAGACCACCGGCCGGUCCCUUCGGCUUCUGAAGCAAAGCAGCGCUGGAUUACGUGUGUGACAUGUCUCCAGUCAUCUCCUCUAAGGAUAAUAGCCGGCAUCGCCGGCCAGGCAACUACCAGAACGCCCUGGAUGGGAUGCAGAGUAAGUCUGCUCCUCUAGAUUUCUAUGAAGAUGGCCCUGUGGACGCAGUCGGAAAAGAUGACAGGGAGCCGCUGCUUCAGGAGCCACAUAUCCAGCCUACGGAGCCUCCCCAGGACUAUAGAGCAGAGUUUGGCAAUAUCUUGCUCCUUCUCUUCCUGUAUGUGCUGCAAGGGAUUCCUUUGGGGCUUGCUGGCAGCAUCCCCCUCAUCUUGCAAAGCAAGAAUGUCAGCUACAAGGACCAGGCUUUCUUUAGUUUUGUCUUCUGGCCUUUCAGUCUGAAGUUGCUUUGGGCUCCCUUGGUGGACGCUGUGUACUUCAGGAACUUUGGUCGCCGAAAGUCUUGGCUUGUGCCUACUCAGUACAUUAUAGGUCUUUUUAUGAUGUAUUUGUCUAUGCGGGUGGAUUCUCUGCUUGGGGAGGCCGAUGGCCAAAGCCCAGAUGUGGUGGCCCUUACUGUGACCUUCUUCCUCUUUGAGUUCCUAGCAGCCACUCAAGACGUAGCUGUAGAUGGCUGGGCAUUGACUAUGUUAUCACGAGAAAAUGUGGGCUACGCAUCCACUUGUAAUUCCGUGGGUCAGACAGCUGGCUACUUCUUGGGAAAUGUCUUGUUCCUGGCUCUUGAAUCACCUUCCUUCUGCAACAAGUAUUUACGCUUUCAGCCACAAGCCAAAGGAAUUGUUACACUUUCAGAUUUCCUCUUUUUCUGGGGUGCUGUUUUUUUAAUAACUACUACAUUGGUUGCGCUUUUGAAAAAGGAAAACAAGACAAUAGCACCAUCAAAAGAAGAGACAAAAGGAAUCAUGGAUACAUACAAGCUGCUUUUCUCAAUAAUCAAAAUGCCAGCUGUCCUUACAUUUUGUGCUCUGAUCUUAACAGCAAAAGUUGGUUUCUCAGCAGCAGAUGCUGUAACAGGUCUCAAACUGGUAGAAGAAGGUGUGCCUAAGGAACAUUUAGCUCUGCUUGCUGUUCCAAUGGUUCCAUUGCAAAUCAUACUGCCCCUGAUCAUCAGCAAAUACACAGCAGGGCCAAAGCCCUUGAAUACGUUUUAUAAAGCCAUGCCAUUCAGGCUUCUGUUUGGAUUAGAAUUUGCGCUCCUGUUUUGGUGGACUCCCAGAGUAAAGUAUGAAGGAGGAUUUCCAAUCUAUUUCUACAUUAUAUUAUUGCUGAGUUAUGCCUUACAUCAGGUUACUGUAUACAGCAUGUAUGUUGCUAUAAUGGCUUUCAAUGCCAAAGUUAGUGACCCACUCAUUGGAGGAACGUACAUGACACUGCUCAACACGGUAUCCAAUCUGGGAGGAAACUGGCCAGCCACAGUAGCUUUGUGGCUUGUGGACCCACUUACAGUGAAGCAAUGUGUUGGAAUUCAAGGUCACAACUGUGGGACUUCAGCUGCUGCAGAACUUUGCUCAAAAGAAGGUGGAUCUUGUGCUAUUACUCUGGAUGGUUAUUAUGUGGAAUCCAUAACAUGCGUAGUAUUGGGAUUUGCUUGGUGGUUGUUUCUUGGGCCCAGACUGAAAAGGCUUCAGGAUGAGCAACCGGUGUCAUGGAAAUGCAGAAGAAUCAGUUAAUGAAAAUGAAAUAUCACAAAAGACUGGCUAAAAUUGCUAUAGCUUUGUCAUAUAACAAGAAUACAAGAGAAUAAGUAUACACAUCUAAAACUGGUCAAUUUAUACAUGCCAAAUGACUUUACAAAAGCUAAAGUCAAGUUAAGUACUGUAUGGAUCAAUUCUAAAGUUUGCCCUUCUUAUCCAAAAUUACCCUUAAAAUUGUUUUCUUUUAAAUUAUUUUAUAAAAACCUUUAAAAUCAGUUACUAUUCUGCUAAAUUACAGUUGUUGCCUUCCUUUUAUGCCCUUAAAGUUACCUUUGAAGAAAAAUAAAUCUGUCUUUAAAGGAACUUACAAUAAUUUUGAUUUAUAAUAAACAUUGAAUCUACAUGGUUAAAAUGCUUUAGAAAGAAAAAAAAGUUUUAUAUAUAUAUAUGUUUUAUAUUGCUUACCGUAAUUCUAAAUAGGUCAAAACAAUGAGGAUAACAGAUUCUAUCUUUUUUUUUUUUUGCCUUGCUCCCAUGAAAUUUAGUUUUAUAAAAAAAAUAAUAUAUUUAUAAUAGUGAUAAUAUGCUUUUUUUCUUUUAAAGUUCAGAUAUGGUACACUACUAAUAGUUUACAGCAUAAAUAGUCCCAAGCCACAAAGGCAUAUUAAUUGGUUCUGAAGUUUUUCAAAAUACUAGAAUCGGAUAUAAAAUUGAUGACAACAGUUUGCACAUGAAAAGUCAAACUUUAUGAAGAAUGGAACAUACUUUUUUUUUUUUUUGGCGUAUGGAACCCAAAUAGGACUAAGCAGAAUAUUUAGUGCCUUCUGGAAACAAGUUAUGUAAGAUGGCGAUCAAAUAUCUGUACUGUUAAAUUUUAGAACAUAAGUGUCAUUCUUAUAAAAUAUACCCAUUUCUGCUGAUGUCGGGAAUCUAAGUAAUUGUUUCAAUGAACAUUAGAGGACAUUUUUUAGACUCUAAUGAUGUACAAUAUAAUGUAUAUCAUAUGGAAAUGGGCUCUGUAUAGCAUUUGAUGUAUUGUAUACAUCUUUCAUAUGAACAUUUAUUCAAAAAUAAAAUGGUGUCAUACUUUUGACACUAGGGUGAAAUAUUGAAACACUCAUAUCAGGGAUAUACUGUCUCAGUUUUAUUGGUUAUUUCAAUAAGUCAGUACUUUCUGAAAUCGACAUUUUUGAUUCCAUGUGAAUCUUUAUGAUUUACACUGUUUUGUUUGAAGCUCUUUUCAGAGUGUGAAUAAAUUUUAAACCUCUUAAUAUUUAUGUUAGAAAAUAUCUUUUUUAAAACACACACAGAUGUGUGUUCCAAUGAAAUGAAUAGGAAAUACUUCCAAGAAAAUAAAAAUAGUGUUAGUUUUCAAAUAUAUUUUAACCUUAUCAACAGGGGGAAGAUAACCUUUUGUGUUUGGUUGACACUUCUCUUAGAAUUUGCGAUAGAAAUUCUGACAUGCUUCUCUGAGAUUCUGACAACAUAUUAUUUAAAUAAUAUAGAUCACAAGAACAAUCAAAUUUGGAAACUUGAAUGAAAACUCCAUAGUGCUCACAAUAAAGAGACUUCAUUAAUAUUUUACAACAACCUGAUUUGGAUUUUCUUAAAUUUGAUUUAUCCUUACUGCAUAGAUUAGCACAAAUACAAUAACCAUAAUUAAUGGUUUUAAUAAAUAUAGUGAAUAUGUUAGAAUAUGAAGGCCAGGGAUAGGUGGCCGGAGAUGAGACGAGAGAAAAGGAGAAAUAUUUAAAAUAAUUCUUCCCAGGAUUUCCUUCUUCCAGAUAAGAGUUCUGUUAAAAUAUUAGUUAUUUCUAGGCCUUUUCAGCAGGGGGCAGGGUUUUCUUCUAGAAAAAUCUAUGUAACGAGGAGUAUUCACCAUAAAUGAUGAAAUAGCCUUUUUAUGUUUUCCUAUUCUGUAUUACUGUUAAUACAAUGUGCCAAAAAAAAAUAAAGGUUAUCCGUUUAAACAAAACUCUGGCAAUGUAAAAUAAAUGAUAUAAAUUGAUAAAAUUCAGAAUCAAUAGAAAAGUUAAGAUGUUUCUAAGAAUAUGAGAUUUGAAAUAUCACCUGAAUUAUAAAAGUUGACAUUAAAAAAAUUGUGCUCAAGGAGACUGUGGAUGAUGUUUCUCAAACAGCAUUCUCCUUUCCACAACCAUUAAAGUCACUUUUGAAAUGCAAAAAUAAAUUUAAAAUAAUUACCAUAUUUUAGUCUUGAUAGCCAAAUCUAAAUCCAUGUCAUGUGCCGCUAAAUCAAAAAAAAACCACCCCAGCUUGUAAGAUACGGCAUUGGUUCCCCCUUCCUGUCCUAGGUCUUUUAUAUAUUUUGUAUAUGGUUGGUUUAGAUAUUAGUACACAAUCAGAAUAUGUCCCAGGUAUGUCCCACACAGAUACCAAUUAAGCAGUUCUUUCUAAAUACUGUUUUCAAGGCUUUAUACAAACACAAAAACACACAAAUAUAUUCAAUUUUCAAGGGAGGCUUACUAUAAGCCUCUCUUCUAAGAGUCAUGGGUUAAAGCUUUUUAAAUGUUACUUUUAGGAACUAAUUACUGAUGUGAUGUACAACAGUGUCCCCGAAUCUCAAAUAUAACCUGGGUAAUAUUUCUAUUUUUGUUGUAUGAAAAUACCUAAAUAUACUAUAGGCUAUCAUAAAUUAAAGACAUGUUUUUGUGUUUUUAACCUGAACCAAUAUUAAAUGAGAAUUAAGUAUCUGUAGGCCCUAAAAGUUGAGUUUGGGAGGGGGAGGGGAGGUUUUGUGCUAGUUAAUAUAAUUUCUGUGCAGACUCCAAAUGAAAUAAGUUGGUUGAGAAAUAUUCUGAUGGUUUUUCAUCAGUUUGAUUAAAUAAGUUUCUGAAUUGGAAUAAAUAACAUCCAACAACCCAUAUAUCUAAUAAUUUCAUUUUUCAGAAUGAGAAAACCCUGGUAACUUUGAAAAUGGAACAAUUAAAUAUAAUUACCUCAUUAAAAGGAGAACAUGUGAUCUUAAAAUUCAAAAUCAGUGAUUUUUAAAAUAGUAGCAAUCUUGUAUCAAAGGUAAAACUUGUAAAGAAUGAUGUUGAAUUUUGAUGAGAAUGUUAUUUGGUAAUUCAGGCUUAAUUUUUUUAUCAUUUGCAACUUAAUCAGCAGUCUGCCACUGUCUCUUCUGGUUUGCAUUAUUAAGAUUUAUAAAGCUAGGGUUUGGUUUGUUUGUAUUAGUUACCCAUGCCAUGCUUUUAUUCUGCCUUGAUAUGAUGAUGAACUCAUUCUCUUCAAAGUUUAAUCAAACAUGACUUUAAAAAUAGUGGGCACUAUAUUAUUUCCCUUGGUUUUGAUAGCUUAAAAUAACUUGAGGGAAAACGGAAUACAAUCAAAUCUAUUUCCAUAUAAUUUUAUGAGUAGUAAAUGCUUGAUGAAAAAAAGCAUUCUCAAAUGUUUAAAAAAUAUUUUUAGUUAUGAACAGUUUAAUGAUGGGUAGUAACUCUGAAAAUAUUUUGACUAUAAUACAGGAUGGAAAAGUAAUAUAAUGUAUAUUUUGGAAAAUUGCUAAUUGAGCUUUGAGGAGGUUCUUCGGUAGUGGACCAUAAAAUCAGAAAAUGUCACUUAAAAGCACAUUAAAAAAACUUUUGAACUAACUGUUAAGCACCUUGAACAAACUGCUGGCCUUUUAAGAUAAAAAUGGUUCACUUCAAAAAUAAAUUCAUGAUAAUUUAACUAAAA